AUAACGGACAGCUGACUUCAGGAGUGUAACGCUGACGAGAAAACGUCAGCAACUGUCAGUUGUUCUGCCCUUGUGAGCUUUUUUGGGGGACAACUUUUGGACACGUGCCCCGCGGAGAUAUUUGUCCUGGACGCCGAAGAGCGCGGAGACCGCAGUUGAAGAGGCGCAUUUCUCGCCACGAUGCGUUUCGUAUGAUUGCUGUUAGAGGAGCCAAAAAGAAACACGAGGGGAAUAUUUUUUCUACGGACCUUUCGCAAAUGUAAAGGAAAAGCCGGGGCGCAGAAUAAUGGAUGCGUGUCUGAAGCUACUCAGACAAGAGCUGGGCAGGGCAAGGCCUCCAAUUGGCAGAGAGCUGCAUAUAGCGGUGAUAGACUUAGCCUUGGAAAGGUGAGAAGACCAGAGGCUGACAGCACUCCCAGAGGAGAGAGAGAAAACCCCUCAGUCAAAGCUUGUGCAGGCUGUCCAUGACAGAAGCUGGUGAUGGGCUUCAUGAUCAGAUGCUCUCCAUGAUGGGUGCUCUGCAAGAACUCAAACUCCUCCAAGUCCAAACUGCACUUGAGCAACUGGAGCUCUCUGGGAAAUCUAGAGCAACAUCUCAAGCACCAGCCAAUUCCGAGGAACAGCGAUGCAACAUAUUUAAGGUUGCUAGGAGGCAAGAAAAACAGGGACAUCCCCAGAACCCCCACAGCUGCAUCACCGGAACUUCACCAUCCGCAUCCAGCAUGGGGAGUGAAAGCACAGCUUUACCCAGGAGGAUCUCUGGAUGGUCCACUCCACGGGUGGAAUACUGCAGCCCCAGUGUGUGCCAACCGUCCAUGGAUCAGCACGCCAAAGGACAGAACUCGAUCCAACCAUCAGAACUAUCACCAGCAGAUCUGUCUGGGAUUCUCCACAGCCUGUCCCGAGAAGGUCCAUCACUGGACAACAACUACACAGAGGACAGCUUUGACAGAUCCCGCGACUGGACCUCUACCCUCAUGAGCUGCAGCCGUAAUCGUCAGCCUCUAGUUCUGGGAGACAACGUUCUUGCCGACCUGGUGGGCAACUGGCUGGACCUGCCCGACCUGGAGAAAGAAGCGGAGUUUGGACUCUGUGGAUCAGACUGUCCGACUUGUCCUCUCCAAUUGGGCCGACCGCAAGAGCUCAGCAAGAGGUUCUCGCUGACCGGCAACCUCUUCAAGAAGCUCCUGCGUAGUGUGAGACCUGAUCGGGAGAAACUACUGAAGCAGAAACCAGGCUGGAUGCCACCGCGUAGUGACAGAGAGGCAGAACUCGUCAAACGACCCAAGAAAGCAGCCAAGGCAAAGGGCAGCUUCUACCUGCCAUUCUGGAGUGGAUCUCAGCAAGCAAAAGGGAGUGCCUUCCACCAGCCGCCAGAUGACAAAACCCACUUCUUAGAACUCUACAUAGACGGGAAGCUUGGAGAGCCAAUGGAAAAGGUUCAGCCUUUGUUUGACUACAGCACAGCCGUUUGGGUGUAGCAGGGCUUCUAUGGAGAAUUGAAAACAGCUAAAAAUUGUGUACAAUUUUCAGACUAAAAUUUAAUUUGAAUGUUAUACCUGACAAUCUGAUAGAGCUUUCAGGGUGUAAAAAUUUUUCCUCUCAUGUAUACCAACUGCCUGCAUUUAACCAAUUUAACUAAUUUAACUAAUAGACCUUUUAUGCCAAGCUUUCAAUCCAAAAGAGGCUUGUCAUGUUAAUUACCCAUGUUAUUUAACCAGUUAACGUUGUUAAUUAACCAUGUCUAGCCCUGUUAAAAUUGACCCAAGCACUGGUGCAAAGGAGUCUACGAGCUGGACAUAAGGCCACAUGGGACACUUAGUGGAAAAAAAAAAUCAUAGAAAAAGCAUAAAAAUCAUAAAACAUUAAGUAGCUGGCUUUGUAGCUAGCCGGUUAAAAUGUUAGAAAUUGUGGUUAUAUUUAAUCUGAAUGCUAAUUUAAUUCAGCUGGAUUUUGUUUUAAAGAAAUUACAUUCACAUGUAUUCAUUUGGCAUAUGCAUUUAUCCAGUGGCCUAUAACUGGAGCUAAAUAAGAUGCAAGCAUAGUGCUGAAUAUAGGAGUUGAUUUUAAUACCAGUGCUGUUACAGCCAACCAAGGUUUCCCUAAGCCAUCAGAUACAAAUGCGUCACGGUUAUAGAAAGUCUGACCGUUAUGAGUGAGGAUUAGGGUUUACUACUGUGCGGUGCAAAGGUGCUAUAAGAUACAUGACAAUCAGAGCAAGAUUUGGGUAAAAAAAAACAAAAAAACAGUCAUACAGUGUGUGUGAAAAUGGCUCAACGUGGGUCAAUGAUUUGGUGUUACAGUCAUGCAAAAUUGAAAUACCAGGCCUUGAUAUCAUAAGAAGUUACUCCUGACUGGUACUAUAAAACUGCUUGGUACAUGUUUACAUUUGGGUCUGUUUUCUGAGGUUGUGGUACACACAUCGAGAGUGAGACAUUUUGGGAACGUCUGUCUUCACACGUUUACACAAGCCACUGUCUUUAGUACCUGGGGGCUCCAGAACCACUUGUUAAUCCACAGCAGACUCCACUUUUGACAUCACGUGUGCUCAUAUGAAGAUAAGAGCUUUCUGAGGAGGAAGCAGGACUGGGAAAUGCACAAAUGUUUAUAUCAACCCGGUGACCCUGCUCUCGGCAAUAUAAAUCAUAACAGAAACAGCAUUCCACGAGUAUAUGCUCUGAUAAAAGCCAGUGAUCACAUCUGACCCGUUCACUGUAAUCUCUAUUUAAAAGCAGAUUAUAACACCUGAGGACAAUUUUAUCCUACAUUAUCCUUUUUUAAUCCUAAUAACUGAUAGUAUUGGGAAUAAGAGGCUAGAUGUAAGCAGUCUAUUUCUCAGUCAGCAGAAGGUGAAGGGCUCAUCUUGGCCAAAAAAAAAAAAAUCAAUCACAGUUCAAAAAUGACUCCUAAUCCUGAGUUAUUAGUCUUAUUCCUCAGCACGGGAUCUUUGGACUAUAUCAUGCACGCAUCAUUUCAGAAAGUUCACUAAAAUGCUAUGACUUUAUAGGCUCUGUUUGAAGUCAUGGUUAAAGCACAAAGAACCUAAGAUUAUUAACACAAGAGUACAUGGAGAGGAAAAUCAUCAGAGAGGAUUUUGUAGCCAAACACUGAAAGUAAGCAAAGACAUGAUGUAAAACUGUUAAAUGCCAAAACCGAAGAGCCAUUCUGAGUUCUGAGGUUUAUAAGGAACUUGCCAAACAGUUCUGUUUCAUAAUUAGAGAGUACUUCCUUUCGAAAUAUUUGUAGGUUAGAGUUUAAUUUUGCUGGGCGAAGUUAACCUAAGCAUCAGAGCUCCAUAAAAUGAAAUGCUGUUUUGUGUUUAUUUUGUGUGGUAUUUGCUGUGUGUUAUUUUUAAUGAUUUCUUGAAGUUGUUCUGUGAUACUGGAACAUUACAGCUGUAUCCCAAGAGC